AUGAGUGUUAUCAUGUCUUCAUCAAGAUUCGGAAAGGAGAGGUCAUUUCACUACUCAAUAAUUGGAAACGGUUCUUUGUAUAAAAAGACUAUUCAAGUUCAAUCAGAAACUGAUGCAAAAGAUCUCCACUCAGCUUUUGUAAAGAAAGAUGCAGAGAAAAUACUUUGCAUUCUUGCAAGAAGAACCAAUUUUCAAAGGCAGGAAAUCGUAAGACUUUACGAUAGAUUUUAUUCACAGGAAUUGCGCAGGAGAAUACUAACUUCAAUUGUAAAUCAAACAUUUAAGGAUAUUUUGUUGACACUGAUUCAAGAGACAGCAAUUUAUUUGGGUGCACAUCUUCAAAAAGUAUUACCCAUGAAAAAUUUUUCUGCUGUAACGGGUAUCCUGACUGAAGCAACAGCUGAAGAGACAGUCAUAAUAGCUAACAAUUAUGAAGCUGCGAGUGGACCAUCACUUGUUUCCGAUUUAAAAAAGUAUACAUGUGGAGAAUAUCAAAAAGGAUUAAUAUGCUUAGCAACAGGAGCCCAACUUCCAUCUCCUGUCACCAUAAAAACACGUCGUGAUUGUAAAUAUUAUUAUCCACAUCCAGGAAUUGAAGAAGCAGAAAUCUACGCCAAUGAUCUUCAUAAAGCAUUUAAAAGAAAAGAAUGUGUCUGUGGUGGGAAUAUUUCAAUACUUAUGUGUGAACUAGAUCCUUACGGGCUUGCAUUGGUAGAUAAAGUGUACAAAAAGAAUUUCGGAAGAACUCUUGAACAAGAAGUGGCAGAUAAAACAAGUGGAGAUCUUAAGUUUCUUCUCGAAACAUUUUUGGGUAUAGCAAAUCGGCGUACUAAGUUUUUCGCAACACUGAUCCAUAAACUUCUUUACGCCUCUACAUUGGAUCAUCAAGAAGUUUUGAGGUUUUUCAUCACAAGAGCAGAAAUUGAUUUGACUGACAUUAUGUUCGCCUACAAGAAAGUGUAUAAAGUGUCACUUGAAGAUGAUGUCAAUAAGAAAACAAGUGGAAUUCUUAAACGGACACUUUUAACGCUGAUGGGACGUAAUAAAAAUUGUUUAUUUAUAAAACCAAGAAAAAAGUGA